AUCAGUUGCCAGGGAAGCAUGGCGAUGCUACUGUCAGAUGACAAAGUAUGCUAAUGGCAUGAAACUAUACUUAGUCAGGUAGUACUGUAUAAUAUUCCAGUGUAUUGUUGUCAGCUUCGACCCCCGGUUCUUCUUUGCCGUCAGUGUUAUUCUCGGUUGUCUCUACGGGUCCAGUGGACCAGUUCGGGGGUAAAAUGCAGUCAGUGAAGGUCGGCUGUUUGGCUUCGGCUGCAUCCAGAACUCUGCGUUCAAGCCCGCUUUACCUUCCAGAGAUUAUAAAAGUGUCGGUGUACUGUUCGCAGGUUCGUUUCUGUCAAACACAAGCGACACCAGGAGAGACUCCGGUUAUCCGGGUCCCUAGGUAUAUGCAGAAACGUGUGGAACAUGUAAAACAAGUCCGAGGCAAGAACAAGAUCAACACCAUUAGAGCUGGUAAACUUCUCAUCCAGAGUAAACACCCUGAGCUGAACCAGUCCGCCGGAUACAUCCUGGGGAAGUUUGAGAAACCCGUACUCUGCUCGAAGGGAUGGAAGCAUAGUAAAUCAUUCGGUGAUUAUUUCACUAUCAACAACGUCAAGGCUGUUGCACCUUUUGUUGCAGAAAAUCAGAAGGAAGGUGAGGAACAGAAACCAUUUGUGAAGUUUAACAACCUUCGCAUUUGUAAGGAGCUGGUGGAAGUUUUGAACAGUAUGAGCAUCACUGAUCCUACCACUGUACAGCUGCAGACCAUCCCAAAAGUGAUGAAGGGUCACAACAUCCUCUGUGCUGCAGAGACAGGAAGUGGCAAAACACUGAGUUACCUUCUGCCCAUUAUUCACAGACUGCAGGCUGAAAAAGGCUCUGAGGUGGAAGCUGUGCACAAGACUCGCACCGUUGUGCUCGUACCUUCCAGAGAACUGGCAGAACAAGUGACGGCUGUGUCGAGGACUUUGUGUCGCCCAUUUGGUCUUGUGACCAGGACUGUGGGUGGUGGACGAGGUGUAGGACACAUUAAGAUGGUCUUCAAGAAGUGGUCUCCGGAUAUUUUAGUGGCAACUCCAGGAGCCUUGGUGAAAGCCCUGAGGAGACGCUGCCUCGACUUGAGUGAGCUGAGUUUCUUGGUCAUAGAUGAGGCUGACACCAUGUUUGACCCCAGUUUCUCUGAUUUGUUAGAGAACAUCCUGCGGCACACACACAUUGCCAAUGACCCCGGUGAGACAAAGGGCCUUGGCCGUAAAGCACAGCUCCUGGUGGUAGGAGCCACUUUCCCUGGUGGAGUUGGUGAAGUUCUCAGCCAGGUGACGGACCUUGGUAACAUCGUGAUCAUCAAGAGCAAAAUGCUGCACUUCCUUAUGCCCCAUGUGAAGCAGACAUUCCUGAAGAUUAAAGGUACUGACAAGGUCCUGGAGCUCCAUGAAGCCCUGAAACUGCUUCAACAAGAAAAAGGAGGAGGUGCUGCAUUGGUGUUCUGCAACAAGUCCCCCACUGUCAACUGGCUGGGUUACACUCUGGAGGAGAUGGGAGUUCAACACGCACGUCUACAAGGAGAGAUGGCAGCCGCAGUGCGUUCAGGGAUCUUCCACUCCUUCCAGAACGGCAAAGUGGAUGUGUUGAUAUGCACAGAUAUCGCCUCUCGUGGCUUGGACACAUCCCGGGUACGCUUAGUUGUCAAUUAUGACUUCCCACAUACCCAGACAGACUACAUCCACAGAGCAGGGAGAGUGGGGAGGGCGGGGAGUGUAGAGGAUGGGGAGGUGCUCAGCUUUGUCACUCAUCCCUGGGAUGUGGAAGUUGUGCAGAAGAUUGAAACCGCUGCACGUAGGAGAACUAGUUUGCCAGGAAUGGAGUCUAAUAUACGAGAGCCGAAACCUAAAGUAGCAGAAACAGAGGAGUGAAGGGUUUUGUGAGUGGAAAAUUUGUCAGGGGGAUUUUUUCACUUUAUGUGUAAUGAGGGGUUGAAAUAGUUGAAAUGUAUAAAGCAGGUCAGACUGUCAGCAGGAAUGGUAAGAAUGAUUUACACUGAUUGUCCAGAGCAGUGAGUUGGAUGAUUAUUAUUCACUGCAAGUUUCAAAACACACAGGAAGUGGUGAAAAGAAAAGGGCAAACAAUUUGUGUAUGACCAUAGUAGGGAAGGGGAUCUGUCAGUAUGUAUAAUUUGACCCUAUGUCCAUGUACUCAUUUUCUGCUGAAAUAAAAAGGAAUGGAAAUGUCAUGGAUGUUUUUCUAAACCUUAGCUUGAGUCAACACUCACGGAAACAUAGAGUACGCUCCGUUCUUUUUGCUGUAAUAUUUUUUUUUCUGUUUCAUAAACGGAAAAUUAUAACCUGUAUUUCCUUAAAUUUGUAAAAACAUUUGUGCAGACUUGUAUUGUCAUUUUCAGUCAGAUGAUGCAGUGCAAAAUGU